AUGGCUUCCGGCAGACUUCGUGGCCUCUCAAAGAGGCCACGAGCAUGGCUCGGGCGGUUCAAACCUCCUCCCAGGCAGCGGCCAGCUUUGGGGCCUUUGUUGGCCAACCAAGGCCUUUGGCACAGCAUAGCUUGCUUAUGGCAGUCGCUUCCCGCAGGCGCCGUAGGCGCGUUGCCUGCACUCGCCCUGUCAGCAGCUGGAUCUCGCACCUGCGCCGUCAACCUUGGUGACGGUGUACUGGCUUGUUGGGAUGAAGCAGGCGGCACACUGUCGGACGUGCCUCUAGACUUGGGCCCAGUGCUGUCUGUUUCUACAGGUGCUGGACAUAUCUGUGCCGUGACCGAGGGUAGGCAAAUGGCCUGUUUCGGAGCCAACGAUCAUCGGCAGUGCAGCGUGCCUGCAGACCUUGCCAGGGUGGUGUCUGUGGCUGUGGGGGAUCUGCACACCUGCGCGGUGAAGCCAAGUGGGAAGCUCCUUUGCUUCGGAUGGAAUGGGAACGGACAGUGCGACGUGCCGUCAGACCUUGGUGCGGUUGUUGGUGUCUCUGCUGGAGCGCAGCAUACUUGUGCAGUGACAUCAGAUGGGCACCUCGCGUGCUUUGGUGGGAGUGAGGACGUGGGCCAGUGUGACAUUCCUGCAGAUCUGGGCCGCGUCGUGUCAGUCUCUGCUGGAGGUCUUCACACCUGCGUCGUGACAGUUGAUCUGAUGCUGAGGUGUUUUGGAUGGAGUGCACACAGCCAGUGCAGCGUUCCUGCCAAUCUGGGGCCUGUCGCAUCUGUUUCGGUUGGAGGCCUGCACACUUGUGCGAUUACGGUCACUGCAGAGUUGGUGUGUUUUGGUUGGAAUGAAUACGGACAGUGCGAUAUCCCUCCAGGUUUGGGGCCCGUGGCAUCUGUAGCAUCUGGUGGUGCGCACACAUGUGCCCAAACCGUCGACGGGCAGUUGGUUUGCUUUGGUCUGGUUGCUGAGCAGGGCAAUCGAUGGCCACGCACACCCGUUGAAGCAUCUCCAACUGCCAAAGGCGCAGAGAGCUUGUCGACUGCCAGGGCAAAUGCUCAGCGCCUGCAGGUGACCGCAGCUCCCACACGGAACCACUUGCUAGAGCGCUUUGACUACGGUGAGUCAGGUUUCCUGAGCUUGGAUGCCACCAUAUUGUUGGACCUGGCGCAGGCAAUGGAGGCUUGGUGGGCACGCGAACUAGGCAUGCCUCAGGAUCAUGACGAGCCCCGGCUGCGUCAAGCCUUGGCCGUGGCAGAAAACUUGGAAGUCGCGCCAGAGGAAAUUGCUGCCGCCCGGCGGAUGCUCGAGUUUGAGGUGAACAAGGUCCUGCUGGCAGACGCCCGCUUCAUGAGAUUAAUGCGAAGCCAGCAGGAUGCCAAGCAGAUGCGGUCCUCCAUCUGCCAGCUUGCCGAGCGUGUGGCAGAGGCGGAGCUUCAGCUGAAGCCGCCACAGGCGGGUUCUGCACUGCAAUUCUGGGCAGUUCCAGAUCUUUUGGUCAUCACUGAUGGCAGAAGGCGGCCACUGGCGAUUGAAAGAGGAAGCUGCACAUAUGCUGGAAUUGUGUCAUUGGUAGCUUUGGUAGCGGCACGGCAUGCUUCUUGCUAUGACCAAGAGCUCAGCCGAUAG